AUGGCUGUGGUAACACCAUGGAAAUGGAUCUCGUCUUCGGCACGUGGCGUUUUCAUGGCUGGUGGGUUAAAGAUGCGUAUCCGUUGGGAAAUUAUUGAACUGGGGUCUUACUCGCGCUACAAGGAACAGGGCUUCGAAUUGAAAAGCACUGUGCAAACACGACAAGCGCGAUUCAGGAUGAGGAUUACGACUUCCAGAUUCAAGAUGUUCAAAAGGAUUGAUGUGCAAAGAUACAGCGUUUACACAUGGCAGACAUGGUCAUUGCAUGGUGAUAUCACAUCUUAUCACACACAUGCAUUCCAGUCUUGGGGGUGGACUUUCUUACAUCGAAGAAAGUGGACAUCGUCGGAUAUGACUCCCAUUCCGGGCUAUUGUUUACCGAAGUCCUUAUAUCUUUCGCUGGGAUAUCGCCAUAAAUUACCAAAGGCCAAGCCCAUGGAGAUUGGAAUUGUGAAGAUCUUCAACUUCUUGGAAUUCCUCACGAACCUCAAGGCAGCUAUUUUAUGA